AUGGAGGUCACACCCAUGAAGGUCACAUCCAUGAAGGCUAACCUCCUCCCAGGGCCAAACGUGGCCUCCGACUGCAGAAGCCUCAACUCUGAUAGGUGCGACUUGGACGGAGGCUCUGGCAGCUCGGGACUGAGUGCAAAUAACAGAGUCACCAGGAUUCUUCAGACUCUGCAGGUCCCCUCCAUCAUUCGAUCAGCAGUCUCAGCCCAUUCGCGGAGGAACGUUGGUGUCACAGCAGUGGCAUUUAAUACGGAACUUGAUCCUGUACGGAAACUCUUUAUGGACAAGAUUAGAGAGUGCAAACCUAAACGACAGACAGCAGGAGCACCUGUUGAUACCGGGCCAGAAUAUCAGCAAGAUCUGGAGAGGGAGCUUUGUAAGCUGCAGCGAAUGUACAGUAAAGCAGACAUGAACACGCUCCCUAACUUCAAGUUUGAAGAUCCCAAAUGUGAAAUCGAUAAGCCCCCAUCCGGAAGGAGUAAAGUAACGUUAAUCCAGUAA